AUGUGGACCACGACAACGGAAUGUAUUAGAGAAGCUGCGAGAGAAGUGUUAGGGGUCUCGAAGGGUUUCUCUGGCAGCCACAAAGGUGACUGGUGGUGGAGUGAGGAGGUACAAGAGAAAGUGGAAGCCAAGCAAGCGGCGUACUCGACGCUUAUAGAGAGCAUGGAUGAGGAGGCGAAGAGGAUGAACAUGGAGGGGUAUAUGAGGGGUAAGAAGGAGGCAAAGUUAGCGAUUACUGCAGCUAAGACUGCGGCGUUUGGGUGUUUGUAUGAAGAGCUUGGGGCCAAAGGCGGAGAAAAGAAGUUAUAUAGGCUAGAAAAUGUAAGCGAGAGGAAGGACCGUGACCUGGAUCAAGUUAAGUGUAUCAAAGAUGAGGAAGGUAGAGUUUUGAUGGAACAUGCUCAGAUUAGACGAAGAUGGCAGACAUAUUUCCAUAAACUCCUGAACGAAGAGGGUGAUAGGGACAUUGUGCUGGGCGACUUGGAGCACUCCGAGAUAUGUAGGGAUUUCGGGUAUUGUAGGCGUAUAAGAGUAGAGGAGGUCGAGAGUUCUUUGAGUAAGAUGCACAGGGGUAGAGCUACCGAGCUAGAUGAAAUACCUGUGGAAUUUUGGAAGAAUGUGGGUAGGGCAGAUUUGGAGUGGCUCACUAGGCUGUUCAACAUCAUUAUUAGGACGAAGAGGAUGCUUGAUGAAUGGAGGUGGAGUACGAUGAUUCCUCUGUAUAAAAAUAAGGGCGAUAUCCAAAGUUGCAAUAAUUAUAGGGGGAUUAAGCUGCUAAGCCAUACUAUGAAAGUUUGGGAGAGGGUGGUUGAAGUAAGGGUGAGGACCAGUGUGUCCAUUUCUAAGAACCAGUUAGGUGUCAUGUCGGGCGUUCGACUAUGGAAGCCAUUCACAUUGUGA